AUGUCGGGAAUUGAAGGACAUGAAGAACAAGUUGCAGAGUUGAAGUUCAAUUAUGAUCUCCUCAUCAAUGAGCUGUAUCACCUCAAAGAAUAUACAUCGCUAGUCGAGUUUGAUCCAUACUUCAGGAACUCGUCUGAGAGCUUUGACCAUUUUGUCAAAUCCAGCAGUUUGGCAUUUCGAAGAGCAGAAGCCAACGGCUCAGCCGAAAACACAAAUGACACACGCAGAAUACGAAGAAGACAGACCAGGAGUGAGCCCUCGGUGGCUGUCGAUCAUAGUUGGGGCUCAAACGUGGACUUUCUAGUCGAAGAAAGAUAUAAAGAGCUGGAGUGCAAAUUGGAAAACAAACCGUACAAACGUCAGCUGCCCGUCAAAAAAGAACUUAUACCCGCUGUUAAGAAAGCGAAAGUAGAACCUAAACCAGCAUUGACUAGCAUAGUACCUGUGAAGCAGGAAGGAAAUGUCGCUGCGACCAAUAUUCCCAAGCUAUUUCAAGCUCAAGAUUGGCACGCUCCUAGCGCAACAGAAGACCCUGCGUGUGACAGUACUUAUUACACUAGCUCCUCUUCCGAAGAAGAGCGAGAACGAGACACUAGAAGGAAACAAAGAAAGUUUCCACAUUUCCGCGUCACGGUGCAUCCCCCACGGCAGACAGUAACGAACCCAUUGCAUGUAUUAAAGCCCGAAUAUGCGUCCUUGAGUGAGUUUUUAAACUCUUACAGGGCGCUUGACGAAGAUAUGUCGGUGGCAGAAUACGAAAAAUAUAUUGACGGUCAAAAAGGCUUGUUCUCCAAAAUUCGAAAGGGUUUGGAGAGCGGAGUACUCCGUUACGAUUAUGAGACGGAUUCUUUGCAAGCGAUCACGCUAAAAGAUGCCACUGGUGUUCAGUCUCAUAAGCCUGAACCUAUAACAUUCCUCUACAAGGAACAACAGCAGUACACUUUCCAAGACCAUCUUAUAAAUCAUGGAAUCUUCAUGACCAGACGUUUUCAAGAAAUCAAGAAGGCUCGUGCCGCAAACGUAAGGAAAAUUACGCUGAUGGUAGAGCAGCACUUCAGGCAUGUUGCGGGCGCCGAGGAACGUCAGCAAAGGGAAGAAGAAAAGCGUUUGAAAUCCUUAGCGCGAACAGCAGUGCAGGCAGUCAAAAGAAGAUGGAUGGUUGCCGAAAAGGCUUACAGAGUAUUAAAAAAGGACGAAGAAGAUCAAUUAAGAAAAAUUCAAGGUAAAGAACAUUUGAGCAAGAUGCUUGAGCAGAGCACCCAGCUUUUGGGAGCACAGCUGAAGCGCUUGAAUCAAGAUGAAAACGAAAAAGAACUCAACACCUCAGCAAGUCAUAGUGACAUGGAACAUAGUAACAGUGAUAACGACACAGAUUCAUUCACCUCUUCCGAUGAGGAAGGUUCUUCUGUUUCCAGCGAAGAUGACGCGCGUCUUUCUGUUGAACAGCUCCAAAACAAGUACGCCGAUUUAAAAGAACUGCAUGAAAAGUCCGAUGAUGAACAUGUGUCUGACCAAACAGUGGAUAGCGGAAACACUUCAACAUCGAGAACACCCGUAAAGCUUACGGAAGAAGAAGAGCUCAAACUCAAAGAAGUCGAGGAGGAUAAAAAUCUCGGUUUCCUGGAUGAAAACACAAGUCACGACUCUGAUUCCGGCUCCGAGUCCUUAAGCGAUAGUGACAACAGCGAAAUGAGUGACGUCGAGACUGAUGGGAAGGCAGGUUCCGAAGGACUAUCUUCACUUUUCCAAAAUUUCGAAGAAGGUGCGUCGGAGGCCGAGUCUGACUUUGCGUCUCCGACGGUCAGCGAAAACGGAUUAUCAGACAGCGAUGAAACAUCUGACAUAGGGUCACCAGAUCAACCCAAGAGCGCACUUGAGCCACUUCAAAAUCAUGAUUCUCAACCCGGGUCUGACAAGGAAAUUCAAAAGGACCCGCUUGCUGUUGUUGAUGUUCCGGUCCCAUCCUUGCUUCGCGGUAACCUGAGAAUCUAUCAAAAGCAAGGCUUGAAUUGGUUGGCUUCGCUUUACAACAAUAAUACGAACGGUAUACUUGCUGAUGAAAUGGGUCUAGGUAAAACAAUUCAGACCAUUUCACUUCUGGCCUAUUUGGCGUGCGAAAAACAAAAUUGGGGGCCUCAUUUGAUUGUUGUACCUACGUCUGUUUUACUGAACUGGGAAAUGGAGCUCAAGAGGUUUGCUCCGGGCUUUAAAGUCCUGACUUACUACGGCUCUCCCCAGCAGCGCAAGGAGAAAAGGAAAGGAUGGAAUAAACCAGAUGCUUUUCACAUCUGUAUCACAUCCUACCAACUUGUGGUUCACGAUCAGCAUUCUUUCAAAAGGAAAAAGUGGCAGUACAUGAUUUUAGAUGAGGCCCACAAUAUCAAGAACUUUAGAUCCACCCGUUGGCAAGCUCUAUUGAAUUUCAAUACCGAAAGAAGGCUAUUACUAACGGGUACGCCACUUCAAAACAACUUGGCAGAGCUAUGGUCUUUACUAUAUUUUUUGAUGCCGCAAACAUCAGUGGGAAACAAUGGUGGGAUUCAAGGUUUUGCUGACCUCGAGGCCUUCCAACAAUGGUUUGGUAGACCAGUCGACAAAAUCAUACAAACAGGUGAGGGAUAUCAGCAGGAUUCUGAAACAAGAAAGACCGUUGACAAAUUGCAUCAAGUAUUGCGUCCCUAUCUUUUGAGAAGGCUGAAAGCCGAUGUCGAGAAGCAAAUGCCCGCAAAACACGAACAUGUUGUAUACUGUCGUCUGUCGAAGAGACAGAGAUAUUUGUACGACGACUUUAUGUCAAGGGCUCAAACAAAAGAGACGUUGGCGAGCGGAAACUUCAUGUCAAUUAUCAAUUGUCUGAUGCAACUUCGGAAGGUCUGCAAUCAUCCAGAUUUGUUUGAAGUAAGGCCGAUUUUGACGUCGUUUUGCGUAGACAAAAGUGUUGCUAAUGACUACACCACACUGAAUAGCUUCAUGCUCAAGAGACUACAAGCUAAAAGCAGCGAGUUGGUAGACUUCACCACACUGAAUUUGAAUUUUUCAUCAAAUGAUUCGUUUCUCUCGUCUCAUCAUGCCAAAAGCAUCAAUGAAAGCCAAUGUGUCCGUCAAUUUACAGACGAAGUUAAUAAGCUGAGAAGUAAGUGGGAGGAAAAAUCUAAGUCGGACAUCGAGGGCUCUCCCUUCAACUUCCAAGACAUCAACCAAUAUUAUCAAAAUUAUGCUGCCAAAAAAAAUGGUGACAUGAUCAGCAAAUUGCAAUACCUACGGUAUAUCAAUAACCUGAGGUGUGCUAAACGACCUACUUACGGGAGUAACUUAGUGAAGUUGUUAAGCAUAAUAGAGCCCCAAUGCGAAGAGUCCACAGAAGAAUUGUUCAUGCCUUUGCAGACAAGGAUCAAUCAUAAUAGAGCUACUAUUGAAAAAUUUGCUGUUAUAACUCCUAAUGUAGUGACCUUGGACACUCGGAAUCUGACACUGGGGCUAAAUGAAGAAAGUCUGGUACUUGCUAGUCAAAAGCAGAACUUGAAACAGGAACUCAGGUUCACAGAAAACCCAUUACAUCAUCUGCAAACAAAAUUGGCAAUUGCUUUUCCAGACAAAUCCCUAUUGCAGUAUGACUGCGGAAAACUACAAAAGUUGGCAACUCUAUUACGAGACCUGAAAGACGGGGGACACCGGGCGCUUAUUUUCACGCAAAUGACAAAAGUUUUAGAUAUCCUCGAACAGUUUUUGAACUACCACGGCUAUCUUUACAUGCGGCUGGAUGGUGCCACGAAAAUCGAAGACCGUCAAAUUUUGACAGAACGAUUUAAUAGUGAUAAUAGGAUAACAGCCUUCAUUUUAUCGAGCAGAUCUGGUGGUCUGGGCAUCAACCUUACAGGAGCUGAUACGGUUAUAUUUUACGAUUCGGAUUGGAAUCCUGCAAUGGACAAACAGUGUCAAGACAGAUGUCAUAGAAUCGGGCAAACGCGAGAUGUUCACAUUUAUCGCUUCGUGAGCGACCACACAAUCGAAAGCAAUAUCCUGAAAAAGGCUAACCAGAAAAGGCAACUGGAUAAUGUUGUGAUCCAGCGCGGAGAUUUCACGACGGAUUAUUUCACCAAACUAUCCGUAAAAGAUCUGGUCGGUUCCGAUAUGAAUGAAAUUCCUGUCAGCGAUAAGCCAUUACUUGUCGACGAAGAUGCUGCAACGAAAGAUCCUCGUAAAUUGGAAAAGCUGUUAGCGCAGGCCGAAGACGCUGACGAUGUGAAAGCGGCCAACUCUGCGUUGAAGGAGGUUGAAAUGGACAAUGAUGAUUUUCAAGAGACGAAUAAUCGCUCAGAGGAAAAUGGCGAUGGUGCUUCAUGGGAAGAUGAAUACGAAGGCACAAACCAUGUCGAAGAGUAUAUGAUCAGAUUCAUUGCAAAUGGGAGCUAUUACGAUUGA